AUGGGUGUCAAAACAGUGGCCGUUUAUUCUGAUGCUGAUUCUCACAGUUUACAUGUACAAAUGGCUGAUGAAGCAGUCAAUAUAGGCCCUCCUCCGACAAAUCAAAGUUAUCUAAAUAUUCCUAAUAUAAUCAAAGCUAUCAAAGAUAAGUUCUACAUCUUUAUAACUGCUACAGAAUUUUCUCAUAUAAGAUCAAAAGUCAUAUAUAUUCCAGCGGGAAGUAAAGCAUUGAACGCGCUUUUGGAGGAAUUUGGUGAAUUCAGAACACUUUAUGCGUUGCAGCAUAACUUCCACUCAACAUGGGGGAAGGUUAAUAUUUCUCCAAAAUCAGCACUUGAAAAUAUUCUUUUUGCGCAUGUGUAUACUUUAGAACAUCAGAAGAAAUUAAUUAUUGAACUUGCAAGGUUUGCCGAAGAAAGAUGUGCUUAUAGGCUAUUGCAAGUAAUUAAUUGUAUAAUUGCAUUGUUUCGAACUGAUUAUGCUGGUCGCAAAAAGGCAACAAACAAAGUUUGA